AUGUUAGACGAAAUUCAUAAUAAGUAUGAGUUGGAUUCGAACAAAAUUGUUGCCACUGUAACUGACAACGGUGCCAAUUUCAUUAAGGCAUUUAAAGAAUUUGGUAUUGACAUACCAUCUGAAUUAAUUUUUAGAAACGUCAAUAAUGAGAAUGAAAUACAUACAAUACUCGACAGUAAUGAACUUGGCAGUACUGCAAAUAGUGGUAAUACUGAUGAAAAUAAUGAAAUAGAGGAUAUUGACGAUGUUUUACCCUCAUUUGUUUCAAUUAAUAGUGAUUAUUGCGAUAAUCAGGAAACUUCGGUAAUGCUACAGUUACCUCACCACGAGCGCUGUGCCAGUCAUACACUUAAUUUAAUUGCGGUGACUGAUGUGAAGAAUGCAAUUGAGAAAAAUCACGCGACAAGAAGCAGACAUACUGCAAUUAUGGCCAAGUGUAGUUUACUGUGGAAUAAAUGCUCGUAUCCGAAAUCUGCAGAGAUUGUAAAAAACGUACUGGGUCAUUAUUUAAGUUAUCCCGGAGUGACACGCUGGAACUCGUAUUACGACUCCAUAAGUCAAAUCGUAAAAGAAAAAAACAAGCUGAGCGAAUUAUUUCUAAAGCUAGGUUUGAAGAACUCGCUUAAAGAAUCGGAACUUGCUUAUCUGAACGAAUACUGCAAAGUUCUUGAACCUCUUGCUACCGCUUUAGAUAAGUUGCAAGCUGAAAAUAAUAAUUAUUAUGGAUAUUUGUUACCAUGUAUUGUGUCUCUAAGGACAAAGUUUGUAAAAAUGCAAUCGGCAAAUUUAAAACAGACCAACCACAUUCUAGAUGCAUGUCUUAAUGGUUUAGAGGUUAGAUUCAAAAAUCUACUAACAUUGACAGACGAGGCAAAUAAUGCCAUUAUUGCGGCAUUCACUAUACCCCAAUUUAAGCUCAGGUGGUAUAAUGGUAUAAAGGAUACGGCUAUAAAAUCUUUACAAGAUAUAAAUAAGAUAAUUGUCAUGGCUGCUAAAAAUGUAUGCGCUGAAAAUGAAACUAGCGACAGAAGCAAAGUAAGAUUUCCGCAAAAGGACGAUUUCUUUGACUUCAAUGAGGCGACUACUGAAUUAGAAUUAAAUUCAAGUACCUUUGUCAAUGAAGUGGAAUUUGAAAUUAUGCGUUACAGUAACGAUCCGAAUUCUGCAUUAACUUGUGUCAACGAUUAUGCCAUCAUUAACAAGCUGUUCAUAAGAUACAAUACUAGUCUUCCUUCAAGCGCUCCAGUCGAGCGUAUGUUUUCAUUCGCGUCGAUUAUCAACGCUCCUAAAAGGCAUGCAUUGUCUGAUACAAAUUUUGAAAACCUCGUGUUAUUAAAAGCUAAUGGCUGUUAUGAAAACUAA